AUGAAUGUGAACAGCGGGUCGAGCCAGGGCUCUCUUACUACUGCCGUGGUGAAUUCUACAUUUGUCCACUCACAUGGAGAUGUCUUAUACUUCGAAACCGAUUGGUACAAAGCCUUUGUUGUAUCUACUUUGUCGGUUUUAAUGUUUCUUAUUUGUUUCGGAAACGGCUACGUGAUAGCCGUCUACUUUUACGUGCGAAAAUUACAAACGAAGGGUAACCUGAUGAUCAUCCACCUCGCAGUGACGGACUUCGUCGCCGGUCUGGCCGUACCAUAUCAUAUAACGACAUUUGUGGACACGUCAUUGUCAGAAAACAUUUACUCGUGUAUACUAAGGUACUCCUUGAAUGUGUUUCCAGGAAUGGCCUCACUGUUGUCAUUGCUGAUGAUAACAGUGCAUCGAUACAAGGCUAUCGUUCACCCGUUACAACACCAAGUCAGUAACUCUCGACGGUUUGCAUGGAUAACUGGAAUUAUGGUGUGGGUGCCAUCGUUUUUAUUUGGGUUCGUCUUACCUUUUAUAUGGCACAAAAACUGGUCCUUCGAAAGUGACAGGGAUUGUGAAUUUUCACUUGUGCUUACAGAGGAGUAUAUUUCAUAUACGUUGGUUCUGCCCUUCUUUCUCAUAGCUAUGAGUAUAUUUUCUCUUUACAUGGGAAUAUUGGUCAUGGUGAAAAUUCGAAACAGGCGCCAAGUUGGUCCAGAUAACGUUGGGCCGUCGGCAACAGAAUUGGCACAACAGCGUGAGAUUAAACUGACAAAGACCAUUGCCCUCAUACUGAUUGGAUUUUUUCUAUGCUGGGCGCCUUUCAUAGUCAUUCUUGCUGUGCAUUCAUUUUCAUAUGCGCCUUAUUCGACUAAUGCCAUUGUCAUGAGAAAUGCCUUCAACUUUUUGGCUGGUGGCAAUUGCGGAUUGAAUCCUAUAUUGUAUGCCAUCCGUUUGCCAGAAUUCCGUGAACCACUGCGAAGAAUUGUUUCAAAAGGCCCACAGUCACGUACUUUGACCAACUAA